AUGCACGAAGUUGUGAAAAAUGAGGUCAUAAAGCUAUUUGAUGCAAGUAUCGUCUAUCCUAUCAGUGACAGCCAGUGGGUCAGCCCAACCCAUAUGGUCCCCAAGAAAGGAGGCUUUGUCGAACAGACAAACGAUGAUGGGGAGCUUGCAGGUCACAAAUACUACUAUUUCCAGUACGGCUACUCAAGCUAUCAUCAAGUUCCCAUCAAGCCGGAGGACUUAUAUGACAAGACCUUUACCACAUGCCUGAGCAAUUUGGAUAGAGUGUUGCUCCGCUCCAUUGAGACUGAUCUCGUGCUGAACUGGGAGAAGUGUCACAUGAUGGUAAAUGAAGGAAUUAUUCUUGGCCAUAAGAUCUCGCUCGCGGGAAUAGUGGUGGAUAGAUGA